ACAACUGUUCCUCAAACUACUGCCACUACAAUAUCAAGCACCGAAGGUACAACCGUGUCUCAAACUUCUGGCACUACAGUAUCAAGCACCGAAGGAACCACUGUCUCACAGACUACUGGAACUACAGCUGAGACAACAACAGGCACAAUUGAAACUACGACCUCGACAGUUACAAGCACCGAAGGUACAACCGUGUCUCAAACUUCUGGCACUACAGUAUCAAGCACCGAAGGAACCACUGUCUCACAGAAUACUGGAACUACAGCUGAGACAACAACAGGCACAAUUGAAACUACGACCUCGCCAGUUACAAGCACCGAAGGUACAACCGUGUCUCAAACUUCUGGCACUACAGUUUCAAGCACCGAAGGUACCACUGUCUCACAGACUACUGGAACUACAGCUGAGACAACGACAGGCACAAUCGCAACUACCAUCUCGCCAGUGACAAGCGCUGAAGGUACAACCGUGUCUCAGACUUCUGGCACUACAGUAUCAAGCACUGAAGGUACCACUGUUUCACAAACUACUGGAACUACAGCUGAGACAACGACAGGCACAAUCGCAACUACCAUCUCGCCAGUGACAAGCACCGAAGGUACAACCGUGUCUCAGACUACUGGCACAACAGUGACAAGCACCGAAGGUACAACUGUUCCUCAAACUACUGGCACUACAGUAUCAAGCACCGAAGGUACAACCGUCUCUCAGACUACUGGCACAACAGUGUCAAGCACCGAAGGUACAACUGUUCCUCAAACUACUGGCACUACAGCUGAGACAACAACAGGCACAACUGAAACUACGACCUCGCCAGUUACAAGCACCGAAGGUACAACCGUGUCUCAAACUUCUGGCACUACAGUAUCAAGCACCGAAGGAACCACUGUCUCACAGACUACUGGAACUACAGCUGAGACAACGACAGGCACAAUCGCAACUACAAUCUCGCCAGUGACAAGCACUGAAGGUACAACCGUGUCUCAGACUUCUGGCACUACAGUAUCAAGCACCGAAGGUACCACUGUCUCACAAACUACUGGAACUACAGCUGAGACAACGACAGGCACAAUCGCAACUACCAUCUCGCCAGUGACAAGCACCGAAGGUACAACCGUGUCUCAGACUACUGGCACAACAGUGUCAAGCACCGAAGGUACAACUGUGUCUCAGACUUCUGGCACUACAGUAUCAAGCACCAAAGGAACCACUGUAUCACAGACUACUGGAACUAUAGCUGAGACAACAAAUGGCACAAUUGAAACUACGACCUCGCCAGUUACAAGCACCAAAGGUACAACCGUGUCUCAAACUUCUGGCACUACAGUAUCAAGCACCGAAGGUACCACUGUCUCACAGACUACUGGAACUACAGCUGAGACAACGACAGGCACAAUCGCAACUACCAUCUCGCCAGUGACAAGCACUGAAGGUACAACCGUGUCUCAGACUUCUGCCACUACAGUAUCAAGCACCGAAGGUACCACUGUCUCACAGACUACUGGAACUACAGCUGAGACAACGACAGGCACAAUCGCAACUACCAUCUCGCCAGUGACAAGCACCGAAGGUACAACCGUGUCUCAGACUACUGGCACAACAGUGUCAAGCACCGAAGGUACAACUGUGUCUCAGACUUCUGGCACUACAGUAUCAAGCACCGAAGGUACCACUGUCUCACAGAGAACUGGAACUACAGCUGAGACAACGACAAGCACAAUCGCAACUACCAUCUCGCCAGUGACAAGCACCGAAGGUACAACCGUGUCUCAGACUACUGGCACAACAGUGUCAAGCACCGAAGGUACAACCGUGUCUCAGACUACUGGCACAACAGUGUCAAGCACCGAAGGUACAACUGUUCCUCAAACUACUGGCACUACAGUAUCAAGCACCGAAGGUACAACCGUGUCUCAAACUUCUGGCACUACAGUAUCAAGCACCGAAGGAACCACUGUCUCACAGACUACUGGAACUACAGCUGAGACAACAACAGGCACAAUUGAAACUACGACCUCGUCAGUUACAAGCACCGAAGGUACAACCGUGUCUCAAACUUCUGGCACUACAGUAUCAAGCACCGAAGGUACCACUGUCUCACAGACUACUGGAACAACAGCUGAGACAACGACAGGCACAAUCGCAACUACCAUCUCGCCAGUGACAAGCACUGAAGGUAAAACCGUGUCUCAGACUUCUGGCACUACAGAAUCAAGUACCGAAGGUACCACUGUCUCACAGACUACUGAAACUACAGCUGAGACAACGACAGGCACAAUCGCAACUACCAUCUCGUCAGUGACAAGCACCGAAGGUACAACCGUGUCUCAAACUUCUGCCACAACAGUGUCAAGCACCGAAGGUACAACCGUGUCUCAGACUACUGGCACAACAGUGUCAAGCACCGAAGGUACAACUGUUCCUAAAACUACUGGCACUACAGUAUCAAGCACCGAAGGUACAACCGUCUCUCAGACUACUGGCACAACAGUGUCAAGCACCGAAGGUACAACUGUUCCUCAAACAACUGGCACUACAGCUGAGACAACAACAGGCACAAUUCAAACUACGACCUCGCCAGUUACAAGCACCGAAGGAACAACCGUGAUUCAAACUUCUGGCACAACAGUAUCAAGCACCGAAGGAACCACUGUAUCACAGACUACUGGAACUAUAGCUGAGACAACAACAGGCACAAUUGAAAGUACGACAUCGCCAGUUACAAGCACCAAAGAUACAACCGUGUCUCAAACUUCUGGCACUACAGUAUCAAGCACCGAAGGUACCACUGUCUCACAGACUACUGGAACUACAGCUGAGACAACGACAGGCACAAUCGCAACUACCAUCUCGCCAGUGACAAGCACUGAAGGUACAACCGUGUCUCAGACUUCUGCCACUACAGUAUCAAGCACCGAAGGUACCAUUGUCUCACAGACUACUGGAACUACAGCUGAGACAACGACAGGCACAAUCGCAACUACCAUCUCGCCAGUGACAAGCACCGAAGGUACAACCGUGUCUCAGACUACUGGCACAACAGUGUCAAGCACCGAAGGUACAACUGUGUCUCAGACUUCUGGCACUACAGUAUCAAGCACCGAAGGUACCACAGUCUCACAGACUACUGGAACUACAGCUGAGACAACGACAGGCACAAUCGCAACUACCAUCUCGCCAGUGACAAGCACCGAAGGUACAACCGUGUCUCAGACUUCUGCCACUACAGUAUCAAGCACCGAAGGUACCAUUGUCUCACAGACUACUGGAACUACAGCUGAGACAACGACAGGCACAAUCGCAACUACCAUCUCGCCAGUGACAACCACCGAAGGUACAACUGUGUCUCAGACUUCUGGCACUACAGUAUCAAGCACCGAAGGUACCACUGUCUCACAGACUACUGGAACUACAGCUGAGACAACGACAGGCACAAUCGCAACUACCAUCUCGCCAGUGACAAGCACCGAAGGUACAACCGUGUCUCAGACUUCUGCCACUACAGUAUCAAGCACCGAAGGUACCAUUGUCUCACAGACUACUGGAACUACAGCUGAGACAACGACAGGCACAAUCACAACUACCAUCUCGCCAGUGACAACCACCGAAGGUACAACCGUGUCUCAGACUACUGGCACAACAGUGUCAAGCACCGAAGGUACAACCGUGUCUCAGACUACUGUCACAACAGUGUCAAGCACCGAAGGUACAACUGUUCCUCAAACUACUGGCACUACAGUAUCAAGCACCGAAGGUACAACCGUGUCUCAAACUUCUGGCACUACAGUAUCAAGCACCGAAGGAACCACUGUCUCACAGACUACUGGAACUACAGCUGAGACAACAACAGGCACAAUUGAAACUACGACCUCGCCAGUUACAAGCACCGAAGGUACAACCGUGUCUCAAACUUCUGGCACUACAGUAUCAAGCACCGAAGGUACCACUGUCUCACAGACUACUGGAACUACAGCUGAGACAACGACAGGCACAAUCGCAACUACCAUCUCGCCAGUGACAAGCACUGAAGGUACAACCGUGUCUCAGGCUUCUGGAACUACAGUAUCAAGCACCGAAGGUACAACCGUCUCUCAGACUACUGGCAUAAAAGUGUCAAGCACCGAAGGUACAACCGUCUCUCAAACUUCUGGCACUACAGUAUCAAGCACCGAAGGUACCACUGUCUCACAGACUACUGGAACUACAGCUGAGACAACGACAGGCACAAUCGCAACUACCAUCUCGCCAGUGACAAGCACUGAAGGUACAACCGUGUCUCAGGCUUCUGGAACUACAGUAUCAAGCACCGAAGGUACAACCGUCUCUCAGACUACUGGCAUAAAAGUGUCAAGCACCGAAGGUACAACCGUCUCUCAAACUUCUGGCACUACAGUAUCAAGCACCGAAGGUACCACUGUCUCACAGACUACUGGAACUACAGCUGAGACAACGACAGGAACAAUCGCAACUACCAUCUCGCCAGUGACCAGCACAGAAGGUACAACCGUUUCUAGGACUACUGGCACUACAGUAUCAAUCACCGAAGGUACCACUGUCUCACAGACUUCUGGAACUACAGCUGAGACAACGACAGCCACAAUCGCAACUACCAUCUCGCCAGUGACAAGCACUGAAGGUACAACCGUGUCUCAGGCUUCUGGAACUACAGUAUCAAGCACCGAAGGUACAACCGUCUCUCAGACUACUGGCAUAAAAGUGUCAAGCACCGAAGGUACAACCGUCUCUCAAACUUCUGGCACUACAGUAUCAAGCACCGAAGGUACCACUGUCUCACAGACUACUGGAACUACAGCUGAGACAACGACAGGAACAAUCGCAACUACCAUCUCGCCAGUGACCAGCACAGAAGGUACAACCGUUUCUAGGACUACUGGCACUACAGUAUCAAUCACCGAAGGUACCACUGUCUCACAGACUUCUGGAACUACAGCUGAGACAACGACAGGCACAAUCGCAACUACCAUCUCGCCAGUGACAAGCACUGAAGGUACAACCGUGUCUCAGACUUCUGGCACUACAGUAUCAAGCACCGAAGGUACAACCGUCUCGCAGACUACUGGCACAACAGUGUCAAGCACCGAAGGUACAACUGUUCCUCAAACUACUGGCACUACACCUGAGACAACAACCGGCACAAUUGAAACUACGACCUCGCCAGUUACAAGCACCGAAGGUACAACCGUGUCUCAAACUUCUGGCACUACAGUAUCAAGCACCGAAGGUACCACUGUCUCACAAACUACUGGAACUACAGCUGAGACAACAACAGGCACAAUCGCAACUACCACCUCGCGAGUGACUAGCACAGAAGGUACAACCGUGUCUAGGACUACUGGCACUACAGUAUCAAUCACCGAAGGUACCACUGUCUCACAGACUUCUGGAACUACAGCUGAGACAACGACAGGCACAAUCGCAACUACCAUCUCGCCAGUGACAAGCACUGAAGGUACAACCGUGUCUCAGACUUCUGGCACUACAGUAUCAAGCACCGAAGGUACAACCGUCUCUCAGACUACUGGCACAACAGUGUCAAGCACCGAAGGUACAACUGUUACUCAAACUACUGGAACUACACCUGAGACAACAACAGGCACAAUUGAAACUACGACCUCGCCAGUUACAAGCACCGUAGGUACAACCGUGUCUCAAACUUCUGGCACUAAAGUAUCAAGCACCGAAGGUACCACUGUCUCACAGACUACUGGAACUACAGCUGAGACAACGACAGGCACAAUCGCAACUACCAUCUCGCCAGUGAAAAGCACUGAAGGUACAACCGUGUCUCAGACUUCUGGCACUACAGUAUCAAGCACCGAAGGUGCAACCGUCUCUCAGACUACUGGCACAACAGUGUCACGCACCGAAGGUACAACUGUUCCUCAAACUACUGGCACUACACCUGAGACAACAACCGGCACAAUUGAAACUACGAUCUCGCCAGUUACAAGCACCGAAGGUACAACCGUGUCUCAAACUUCUGGCACUACAGUAUCAAGCACCGAAGGUACCACUGUCUCACAAACUACUGGAACUACAGCUGAGACAACGACAGGCACAAUCGCAACUACCAUCUCGCCAGUGACAAGCACUGAAGGUACAACCGUCUCUCAGACUUCUGGCACUACAGUAUCAAUCACCGAAGGUACAACCGUCUCGCAGACUACUGGCACCACAGUAUCAAGCACAGAAGUGACCACUCUCUCACAGACUUCUGGAAACACAGCUGAGACAACGACAGGCACAAUCACAACUACCAUCUCGCCAGUGACAAGCGCUGAAGGUACAACCGUGUCUCAGACUUCUGGCACUACAGUAUCAAGCACCGAAGGUACAACCGUCUCUCAGACUACUGGCACAACAGUGUCAAGCACCGAAGGUACAACUGUUCCUCAAACUACUGGCACUACAUCUGAGACAACAACAGGCACAAUUGAAACUACGACCUCGCCAGUUACAAGCACCGUAGGUACAACCGUGUCUCAAACUUCUAGCACUACAGUAUCAAGCACCGAAGGUACCACUGUCUCACAGACUACUGGAACUACAGCUGAGUCAACGACAGGCACAAUCGCAACUACCAUCUCGCCAGUGACAAGCACUGAAGGUACAACCGUGUCUCAGACUUCUGGCACUACAGUAUCAAGCACCGAAGGUACAACCGUCUCGCAGACUACUGGCACAACAGUGUCAAGCACCGAAGGCACAACUGUUCCUCAAACUACUGGCACUACACCUGAGACAACAACCGGCACAAUUGAAACUACGACCUCGCCAGUUACAAGCACCGAAGGUACAACCGUGUCUCAAACUUCUGGCACUACAGUAUCAAGCACCGAAGGUACCACUGUCUCUCAGACUACUGGCACAACAGUGUCAAGCACCGAAGGUACAACUGUUCCUCAAACUACUGGCACUACAGCUGAGACAACAACAGGCACAAUUGAAACUACGACCUCGCCAGUUACAAGCACCGAAGGUAAAACCGUGUCUCAAACUUCUGGCACUACAGUAUCAAGCACCGAAGGUACCACUGUCUCACAGACUACUGGAACUACAGCUGAGACAACGACAGGCACAAUCGCAACUACCAUCUCGCCAGUGACAAGCACUGAAGGUACAACCGUGUCUCAGACUUCUGGCACUACAGUCGAUACAACAACAGGCACAGUCGCAACUACAACCUCGCCAGUGAUAAGCACCGAAGGUACAACCGUGUCUCAAACUACUGGCACUACAGUAUCAAGCACCGAAGGUACCACUGUCUCACAGACUACUGGAACUACAGCUGAGACAAUGACAGGCACAAUCGUAACAACCACCUCGUCAGUGACAAGCACCAAAGGUACAAUCGUGUCUCAAACUUCUGGCACAGCAGUGUCAAGCACCGAAGGUACAACUGUCUCACAGACUACUGGCACUACAGUCGAUACAACAACAGGCACAGUCGCAACUACAACCUCGCCAGUAACCAGCACAGAAAGCACAACCGUCUCUCAGACUACUGGCACAACAGUGUCGAGCUCCAAAGGUACAACUGUUCCUCAAACUACUGGCACUACAGCUGGGACAACAACAGGCACAAUCGAAACUACGACCUCGCCAGUUACAAGCACCGAAGGUACAACCGUGUCUCAAAUUUCUGGCACUACAGUUUCAAGCACCGAAAGUACAACUGUCUCACAGACUACUGGCACUACAGUCGAUACAACAACAGGCACAGUCGCAACUACAACCUCGCCAGUGACCAGCACAAAAGGUACAACCGUGUCUCAGACUACUGGCACAACAGUAUCAAGCACAGAAGGUACCACUGUCUCACAGACUACUGGAACUACAGCUGAGACAACGACAGCCACAAUCGAAACUACGACCUCGCCAGUUACAAGCACAGAAGGUACAACCGUGUCUCGAACUUCUGGCACUACAGUUUCAAGCACCGAAGGUACAACUGUCUCACAGACUACUGGCACUACAGUCGAUACAACAACAGGCACAGUUGCAACUACAACCUCGCCAGUGGCCAGCACAGAAGGUACAACCGUGUCUCAGACUACUGGUACUACAGUAUCAAGCACCAAUGAACCGUUUGGGUCAGCAAUAAUAUUUUCGGUUGCAGUGGCUAGCGGUGAUGACAUUGUAUCAGAUUCUGUUGAUAUAGAAGGUGCAGUUCCUGGAUUUGAUGAUCAGUAUCAGUGCAUUCAUGUCAGUACCAAUGGGUUAGUGACGCUAGGUAACAACACAGUUGGCUACACUCCACAGAACUCUACCUCUAUAGAAAUAGCAGACACAAUUAUGUUGGAACCAUACUGGACUGAUUUGGACACUACAAACUUAACAGAUACAUCAGUAUAUUACACAGUUUACAACAAUCUACAACCAACUACAAAUUUGACUGUUAAAUGGAGACCUUUCUUAGAUCCAACAUUUAAACCAACAUGGGCAGUGGAGGUUUCCUGGAAUGUUGUUGCGCCUUUUCCAGCUGAAGAAAAUGAUGGGAUUGAGAAUACAACAUUUCAAGCAAUUAUUUUUACUGAUGGUGAUAAAACCUAUGUAAUCUACAAUUACAAUGGAACAUCCCUGCCAUAUGAUGGUGCAAGGAACCCAUUUAUUGGUUUGAAAGCCCCAAAUGUCAGUAUUCAACACCCGUUAUCUGGAACUCCAGAUGCUGGAAAUGUAUUUGAUCUACCUGGAAAUACAGGUGAAAAAGGAAUUUGGAUUUUUCCUUUGUUCGAUGAAAAAAACCCACCUCGUAAUUAUGCAGCUACUUGUAGAAAAUGGAAGAAGCAGCAAGCCAAAGAUAUCAUUUCUCCCAACCCAUCCUGUCCAUGUACAUAUUCACAGGCACUUCUUGAUAAAAGAUUACGUAUGGAUACAACAACAUCUUGUGCAGAACUGAUUUCACCUACACCACAAGGAUAUGGUGUGCUGUGUUGCUAUGAUAAAGUAUCAACUGGAGCAUUAUUAACUGGACUUAGAGGAACUAGCAAAGUUUAUCGCUAUCACCCACGACUUUCUCCCACAGAACAUCAAACGAAUGACCUUGAUGCAGAAACAGCAUGUUGUCAACUAGAUAAAAGUUGUGACUGUUACUAUCAAUACAGGCCUUCUCCGACAUGUGUAAACUACACUUCCCUUACCUGUGCUCAUGUAUAUGGAACUCCACAUAUUACAACAUUUGAUGGCUUAGACUACACAUUCAGUAACAAGGGAGAGUUUGUACUGGCUUAUAGUCCAACAGGCAUCCAGGUUCAAGGUAGACUGGAACAUCCCUGGCUUAAUGGAGCUCCCACAGAACAGAACACAAACACAACAGUUUACACAGCCUUUGCUAUACAUGAGGCUGGAUCAUCUAAUAUAACAAUUAUGUUUAAUGAGAAGAGGACAGGUAUAGAAAUAAUAGUUGAUGGUACAAGGAUAACAAACCAGUUAUCACAGGGAACAGUAUAUGACUUCAACGGUGGAGCAAUCAGACAGGAUGGGGAAUGUUAUGUAGUCACAUAUAAUUCAGGUUUUGCAGCAGAAUUUUGUCACGCUGACAAAACUAUACAGAUGACCCUAUGUUCAGAACCACAUCUAUUGGAUGGAGUGACUGGGUUAUUAGGAACUGCUAAUAACAACCAAACCGAUGAUAUUCAAACACCAUCUGGAACAUUACCAACCAACCAAUCAGACCCUGGUUUAUUCCUGGUUCUGUCACAAUGGGCUGUAACUCCUGAAACAUCAAGAUUCUGGUAUAACAAUGGAUAUUCAAAUGAAAAUUAUACUCAGGAUAAUUAUAUUCCAAUUUUCCAAGAGGAUAUUUCCGAUGCAACCAUUGCACAAGUUAAUGACACUUGUGGAGACAAUAAGUUAUGUCAAUAUGACACUAUUGUGCUAGGAACUAUCGUGGGAGCUAACACAAAACAAGAAUAUGAAAAUGUAAAGAAUAAAGAUAAAAUAAAAGAUAAUUAUGUUCCACCCCCUGAAGGUACACAAGUUGUAAAUGUAACAAUAAAUGACCAGAUAACAUUUGAAAUACAAAAACCCAUACCAGGGAUGUCCAUCAACUGCCAGCUACCACUUAAUGCAACAUGUUCAGAAGAAACUAACACCUCUGUCACAGUCACAUGGACUCCAACUGAUUUUGAUCCGGCUAUUCUCAAGUUUGUUGGAGAGGAUACACUAGGAGGUAUUAGCCAGGCAUUAGGUAUUGUGAUUAAUAUAUGUGACUGUAACAACCAUGGGACAUGUGACUUUGACAAACUUUUGUAUGACCAGAAUCCUAACAGUUACUUCCGCAAGGUCAAGUGUACCUGUGAAGAAGGCUGGACAGGUACACAUUGUGGCCUUGACUUUAACGGAUGUGAAGGGGCACCUUGUGAGUCACGAGGGACAACUUGUGAAGAUUUGAGUCCUGCUAACCACAGGGCAAAUAAAUACCCAUACAAAUGCAAAGUUUGUGGGCAAGGAUACAAAACAGGAGGAAUCAACAAUACUAAAUGUUAUGAUGUUAAUGAAUGUAAGAAAGACAAAGGCAUUUGUGGUAUACACAACUGUAAGAAUGAAAAAGGAAAACACCAAUGUUUGUGUUCAAAAGGCUUCUUGACCAAUGAGAAUGGUGAAUGUGCACCAGAACCAAAGCCUUUAGAUAAAGAUGUGGAGUUAGAAGUUUCUCUUGAUGGUAAAUUUACCGGAUCUGAUAAUAAGAGUAUUUCUGAGGCGUUGGCAAAAAUAUUUGGAAAUGUAACCGGGUUAGACUUUAGUUCAGUGGACAUACCACCUGAAGCUGUCAUAUUUGAUCCAACAACAAAUAAAACAACAGUGAACUUUAAUGUGACCUUGAAUUCCCCAGUUAAACCUAAAGAUGAACAGCUGAUAGCUGGAGCAAUGAGUUCUGUUGUUUUACAAAAUAGACCAUUAGUGGUUGAUAAUACUUCUGUCCCAGUCUUACAGGAUUCACCAUACAUUUUCAUUCAGAAACCAGAUGGAACUCAGGUCAAAGUUCCACUUGGAAUAAACAGUACAACAGAUGGGUGUGCCAUAUACAGAGCCAGUGAUACAUGUAGAAAUGGUCAACCCUGUGAAGUUGAUGAAAAUAAUGAGCCAAAAUGUGUCUGUGGAGAAGGCUAUGCUGGAGAUUAUUGUCAGUAUGCAGCUGAGCCUGUAGAUACUAGAGAAAAAGAAGUCCUUGAAAUUGGGGUACCAAUCCUUGCUGCCGCUGCUGGUCUAGCGGCCGCUACAUGUCUGAUCCUGGCUCUCAGACGGGGUUCUAAAGGAAAGGAAGAGGCAUCUCAGGCGAGUGAUGGAAUACCUGUGUUUGGUAUGCCCUCAACAAUGUAUUUACCUCAUUAUACCAAAGCAUUUACACCAUUCUCUGCAUCUAGUCAAUGGGAAGAUGAAGAACUAUCUGAAGAUAGAUUAUUUGAGUUCCCUAUAUCAUAUCCCUAUGAUAAUGAAGAAUUAGAACAAUAUACAAAUGACGAUGACGAUGAUAACGUUAGCUUAGAUAUGGCAGGUAUGGAUGCAGAUUGGUUCAAUGAUGCACUCACUCAUGAACCAGAAUUUAACAUUCCUAGGCCAAACCUAGUUUCUGACGAACCAAUUUUCCCAAAUUUGUCCUCAUAGUACCAAAGAUAGAAGAAGAAUCAACAAAGACAAGGAAAGACUUACAUAGACAUGAAAUUUUGUAGAACUUUAUAUGAUAUUAAUAAAUUAAAUUUGUAUUUACAUGUAUGGAAAAAUGAACAUUUACUGUAGAAUAAUUACUAAAAAAAGAAGAUAUUUCUUUUCAAUACAUCAAAGUUUCAUAUCAUGCACUGACCAUCAAGAGAAAUAAUUGUUUUUAUUAUUAAAAUUUAAGGAAAUGCACUGUUCCGAUAUAUGAAUAAAGAUAAGCAUGGUUUUAUGAUUGGUUAUCAAUGAAGGUUAUACUAAAAUUUUCGAAAAUGCAAAAGUUUGAUGUAAUUUUCUUACAAAACUCAUUAAGUUUUUUUUAUUAAAAAGGAUCUUGGAAUUAUUAAGUCUGGAUCAAAGAUGCCUAUCAGAUAUAACACAUCAUUUUCUUUCAUAGCCAUUUUUCACAUGCGUUUGAUUGUUCUAUUUUUGCAACUAACAUUCUAAAAUUUAUAAAUAAAAAGAAAAGAGGAAAAUGAAUACUGUUUUUUGUGUUUCUUUUGAUGGUCAGUUUUUACCAAUAAAAGUGUUCAAUACAUGGAUGCAAAAUUAGUUAGAAUUUGUGCAAUUUAUGUCAAAAACUUUAAACAUACAUGAUUAUUCAGCAUUAUCUAAUAUUUGUACUGAAAUUGUUAGCGAAUCUUACUAUGUCCUUAAAUUAUUCAAUAGAGUUUAGGGUAGAUUUUAAUGAAAUAUCAGACCUGAGACACACUGUUCGUAUGAAAAAAAUUAAGUUGUUACCAUGUCGUACAAAAAAUAAUUAUGAGAAGUUGUUUUGAAGAAAUUUAAAAAAGGUUAAAUGUUUUUAAUACAAUUUUUUUAUGUUUAACAAAUAAUUUUAGAAUGAGAGUAUUUUAUUUUCCUCCUUAUUGAAAACAUCUAAAAUUUUAAGAUAAAAACUCUUUUUACCAAAAAAAUCUUAUAUAUAUCAUGAAUUAUAGCUGUUAUUCCUUGUUAAACCACUUGACCGUUCAAUAUUGUAAGAUGUUUUUGGGAAAGGUCCCAUGAGAAAUAUACUAUGAUACACCACCAAAAAAGGAAAUUGGAUACAAAGUAUUGAAAUAGGUCAAUGCUGCCAUAUAUUGACAAUGUAGAAACUAAGCAAUUUAUUUCCAACAUAAAAUGACUAUGAUAUUAUGACAUUCCAAAGGUAGAAAAAAUAAAGUUAGAGUAUUACAUGAAUUAUACUCUUUCAAUUUAUUAAAGAAUCUAAACUCCUUAUUGUCUGGAAGCAAGACAUUAUAAGGUUUUAUUGUUAUGAGUGAUAUAUGCUCAUGGAUUGACAAAUUAUACAGAUUUGACUUUAUUGUAAUAACUUACCAUGUUUUUUAGUUAAAUACUGAAAAAUGAUGACAUUAUUAUGCUUUAAAACAUUCCUGUCAAUAUUAUCAUUUGCUGUUGUUGAUAAAUUGACUAAGGAUUUGACUCAGGAUCAUGAAAAAAGUGAUACUUAUUUAUAUUAUCAAGUGUUGAUGUUCAUAUUUGUCUUGUUAUGUUGUUGAUUGUGUUGAUAUUUAUAAAAUAUGUUAAAAUGUGUGAAUGCAAUCUUUUAUGUAUUAAAUAUCAAUGGGGAACCAUUUAAUUGGCAGAUUUAUGAAAUAUUUUAAGUUAAGAAGAAAUACCCCAUUUAUUCCAUUUAAAGUGGAAUUGGAAAAAAAAUAUUGGAGUUUAUUUUUAUACAAGCUUUUUUAUAUCGAAAAUAUGUGGGAUGAAAAUUAUUUAUAAUAGAAUUUAUUUAAUAUUUUGGGGUUUAUGUUUGUAUUGUUAUUAAAUUAUUUUUGUUUUAGUAUAUUUAAUUUCUGACAUAGUCAUGGGUUUGUUAUAAUAUUUAUUUUCUUAUUUAUUACAAGCAUGUAUGUGUGAAAUAUAUAAAGAUGACACAUUUCUUAUUUUCCAAACAAUUUAAUAUAGAGUUCCACACUAUAUUUUCGAAAUUCUUUCAGAUGCAGAAAUUUAGCGUAGAGAUUUAAGACAAUCUUAAUUUAUUUUUUUAUAUUUAAAAUUGUAUUGAAAUUUUAAUUGAUAAAUACAAAAUUAUUAUUUAUAUGUGCAAAUGUUGAUUGAGAUCCAUUAUUACAGAGUUAAUGCAAUCAGCAUGCUAAAGAAUUUUGAAGCUGUAGUAUAGAUUUGGCU